UUAUGCACCCAACCAAAACAGCCCCCUAAGAUUUCCCAUUCGCCGUCGCCGUCGCCGCCACCAUACAGCCCCCUCGACCGGUCGACCCACCACCCCCAUCCCGCCAAUGAGGCUUCCCCAGUGUAUCACCGGCCAGCACAUGCACCAGAGAUGCCGCCGCCGCCUCCGCCUCCGCCUCCGACCGCUCUACUUCCUCCGCCGUGGCAUCCACUCCAACUCCGUGCUCACCCCGGCCGACGCCGCCACAGAUGCCACCCUCCUGGGACGCCUCACGCGCCUCCUCCUCCUUCAUCGCUUCUCCGCCGCCGCCCGCCUCCUCUCCUCCGCCGUCCCCCUCACCCCUGCACUCCUCCAUGCGGCCCUGAGCCGGGUCCGCCUCGACCCCGACGCCGCGCUGCAUCUCUUCCGCCUGGCCCCGUCCCGCCCGUCGCUCCUCGCGCACGCACAGCUGCUCCACAUCCUGGCCCGCACUCGCCGCUCCGCCGACGCCCGCGCCCUCCUGACUUCCCUCCUCUCCGCGCAGCCUCCGGCCCCGCCUCUCUUUCCGCACCUCGUCAAGGUCUACAAGGACUUCACCUUCUCUGCGGCCUCCUUCGACCUUCUCCUGCGCGCACUCGCCAACGCUGGCCACCUGGAUGGCGCCCUCCAGGUGUUUGAUGAAAUGACGAAGCUCGGAUGCCGCCCCACCGUGCGGUCCUGCAACAGCAUGCUCAACAAGCUAACUGAGGCUGGGGACCUGGGCACCGUGAUGUCCGUGUUUGAGCAGAUGCAGCGUGCUGGGACUCUGCCAGACGAAUUCACGGUGGCGAUCAUGGCGAAGGCGUACUGCAGGGAUAGGGGGGUGGCACAUGCUGUGGAUUUUGUGGAGGAAAUGAAGAAGAUGGGUGUCAAGGUGAACCUGGUGGCCUAUCAUGCGGUGAUGAAUGGGUACUGUGAGGUUGGACGGACCAAGGAUGCAAGAAGGGUAUUUGAGUCACUGCCUAGCAGGGGUUUAUCACCAAAUGUAGUGACAUAUACCUUGCUUGUGAAGGGAUACUGUAAAGAGGAUAAGGUGGAGGAGGCUGAGGGUAUCAUAAGGGAGAUUAUGAAAAAUAAACAAAUUGCUGUUGAUGAAGUUGCCUAUGGUGCAGUGAUCAAUGGCUACUGCCAAAGGGGACGAAUGGAGGAUGCAGCUAGAUUACAGAAUGAGAUGACUAAUGUUGGUCUCCAGGUAAAUUUGUUAGUCUAUAACACAGUCAUCAAUGGUUAUUGCAAGUUGGGCAGAAUGGUAGAAGCACAUGAGGUUUUGCAUGACAUGGAAAAUGCAGGUGUGAGGCCAGACCCAUACAGUUACAAUAAUCUAGUUGAUGGGUAUUGCAGAAAGGGUUUGAUGAGCAAUGCUUUUGAAAUUUGUGAUACGAUGGUAAGGAAUGGAUUCGCAGUGACGAUAGUAACAUAUAAUGCACUUUUGAAAGGUUUUUUCUUACUUGGCUCUAUUGACGAUGCACUUAAACUGUGGUUUCUUAUGUUGAAGAGGGGUAUUGCACCUGAUGAGAUUAGUUGUAGCACCAUGAUUGAUGGUUUUUUCAAGGCAGGUAAAACUCAGAAGGCCUUGAACCUUUGGAAGGAAACCUUUGCAAGGGGAUUAGCAAAAAACACAACUACAUUCAACAUGGUUAUCAAUGGGUUGUGUAAUAAUGGGAGGCUGCAUGAAGCAGAAGAGCUUCUUGGCUGCAUGAAGGAAUGGAGAUGUUCUCCUGAUAUUAUAACUUACAGAACAAUAGUGAGCGGUUAUUGUAAAACAGCUGAUAUGGAUAGGGCUAAUCGCUUUAUUCAUGAAAUGAAAAGUUUAGGUUUUACCCCUUCAAUCGAAUUGUUCAAUUCUUUGAUAACUGGACUCUUCAUAGCCAAACAAUGUGGAAAGGUGAAUGACAUACUCUUUGAGAUGAGUAAAAGGGGACUUUCUCCUAACACAGUCACUUAUGGAGCUCUGAUAGCUGGAUGGUGUAAAGAGGGAGAUCUGCAGAAAGCCUAUAACCUGUAUCUUGAAAUGGCCAGGAAAGGCUUGACUCCAAAUCUUUUUAUUUGUAGUUCUUUAGUUAGCUGGUUCUAUAGAAAGGGGAAGGUUGAUGAGGCAAAUAUGGUGCUGCAAAAACUUGUCAAAAGCGACAUGAUUCCAGAUAUCAGUGCAACCAGACUUGAGACUGGGAAAAUAGCAAAUGUACUCGAUACUGUUGCUGGUGGGAAUCAUCAUUCUGCAAAAAUAAUGUGGAACAUUGUUAUUUUUGGUUUAUGCAAAUUGGCAAGGAUUGAGGAUGCUAAAAACUUGUUUGCAGAUUUAAAAAGCAAGGGAUUUGUUGCUGAUACUUUCACUUAUUCUAGCCUCAUCCAUGGUUGUUCCACUUCAGGAUUUCUUGAUGUAGCUUUUGGUCUGAGAGAUGAGAUGUUAAGUGUUGGUCUUACUCCGAAUAUCGUAACCUACAAUUCUCUCAUUUACGGCCUUUGCAAGUCUGGAGAGUUAUCAAGGGCAGUUAAUCUUUUUAAGAAGUUGCAGUCAAAGGGUAUAUCCCCUAAUGCUAUCACCUACAAUACACUAAUUGAUAAAUAUUGCAAGGAUGGUCACAUAACUGAAGCCUUUAAGUUAAAACAAAGGAUGACAGAGGAUGGUGUUAAGCCUACUGUGUUCACCUAUUCUAUACUGAUUCAUGGUCUUUGCACUCAAGGUUAUAUGGAAGAAGCAAUCAAGCUUCUUGACCAAAUGAUUGAGAAUAAUGUAGAUCCAAAUUAUGUUACAUAUUGGACGCUAAUUCAAGGUUAUAUUAGAUGCGGUAACAUGAAAGAGAUUUCAAAGCUUUAUGAUGAGAUGCAUAUCCGUGGACUUCUUCCCGCCUACGUGGCUGGAGAUGUAAAGCAAGUAUCUCCUGCUGAACACAACCAAAAUGGAAAAACAUGUCAUGUGAAGAUGUAUGGCUAGUGCUAACAAAUCCUCGCAUGUCUUCUUUCUCAUGGAAGAUACUGAUGUCUUAUGGAUGGUAUGAUGAAACAAAUCAUGUGGAUCCAUUUAUAACUAAAGAUUAUUUGUGCUGUUGGAGAUGUGUUCCACAAAUCUGAUAUGAUUCUACUCAUUAACCAAUUUGAAGAUCAAUUCGAUCAAGGGGAAUCUUAGUGGAUUUAUUUUAUUGUACACUGGAUCAAGAUGCAAGCAAUUCUAGGUGUGCACAAGCAUGCUAGCUUCUGCAAUCAGAAAUGAAGUAUUUUCAGGAUUGUGGCUGAGAGAAAA